GUCCACAACUCUUUUUGUUUUGAUUUGUUUUUUGUUUUCCUAAAAUCGGGAGAUACAAUUUAUUUUAUUUUAUCUUAAUUUUAUUAAAAUAUUUAUUCGCGAAGUAUAUAAUUUUUAAGAAGUGUUUUUACGAUUGCAAUGUGCAGUGUGUUCAAAUUAGAUUUAAAUAAAUAUAGUAUUGAAGAUGUUUGCAGAACGUGUGGUAGAUGUGACGUUAUAACAUCUGCAAGUCUAGUGAAUAUUUUCGCUUCCGACUCUGAAGCUUUUCUAAAUAUUCUUCGGCAAUUCAAUUUAUGGAAAUUAAAUAUAUCUGAAGAUGACAGCCUGCCCCAAAAAAUGUGUAAACAAUGUGUUGGCAAAUUCACCCUGGUCGACAAUUUUCGCAAACAAUGUGAAAAUAUUCAAAAUGCUUUUAAAAUACUCCUAUUUGAGCAACGUAGGUUAAAAUCAAUGAAAAAGAUUGAAAAAUUACCCAAUGUUCAGCCAAAACUGGAGCAGCAAUUCACCGCCGAUGAGAGCCAGUCAUUUGAGUGUUUUGACGAGAUUCCUUUUGAAGAUGGAGAAUUUAAGAGUGUUCAGUACUUUGAGCUCGAGCCCCACAAACCUUUAGACUCGAACAGUGAAUGUGUUAAAGGGAAGUCCUCGGAAGAAAAACAAAAACCUGAAAUGCCAACGGCGGCGCCUAUUGAUGGUACAUCAGAUUUGUUUUAUGAUGAUAACAAUGACGAUGGAGCCAUCGAAGACGACGAUUGGAAUACGGUAUCAGAGGACGUGGUUCCAAAACUAGAGCGAAAUGAUGAUGAUGAAUCAAGCUUAGAUUCCGAUUUGCUAAGCUCAGAUGAUGAACGCAAAAUUAACCGUAAAAGCAAAGUAAGACCCAAUCAAUUUAAAUGUGAAUAUUGUAAAAACUUCUGCUUGGAAAAUCAAGAGGAUCUGGAUAAUCAUGUUAAAGAAAUCCAUUCAACUGAAACCCCAUACACAUGCUCUCUUUGUACAAAAACCUUUACAAAUGCCAAACAACGAAAUUGCCAUUUUAUGGUGAGCCAUAAGUGGAAGUCACAUGAAUGUGAUGUAUGUCACAAAAUGAUAAAAGGCGGCAAGCCAGGUCUGAAAAAUCACAAAGAUAAUGUUCACAAUAAAUCCGACCAUGAGUGUACUAUUUGCCAUAAAAAGUUCGAAAAUAUCUCCUUGAGUCGGUUUAGGUAUCAUUUACGGUGGCAUGAUAGCUCCAAGUUGUUUUCGUGUAAAUCUUGUGAUAAAAGUUUUGUCACCCGAUAUCACCUCGAAGAACAUGAACGUACACACACGGAUGAAAAGUCCUUCCUGUGCAAUAUAUGCGGUCUAGGACUGCGGUGCAAGCAAAAUUUAAUUUGGCACAUGAAGACACAUACGGGAGAAAGGACGUAUCAGUGCAAUCAAUGCAAUAAAGCUUUUCCAACACCAACUGCGCUAGCGUGUCAUAUAAAAACUCACAGUAACGAAAAAAAACACGAAUGUGAAAUUUGCAAUAAACUCUUUAAAACAAAAGGAAGCCUCAAAACGCACAUUGGUAAUGUACACAAAGUCGAUUUUAAUGAUGGAACUCCAAACUCUUCGCCACGCUAUUGUUGUCAAUUGUGUCCGAGAAAUUUCAUCUUCGAACGCGAUCUCAUUAAGCAUUUAAAAACGCACGAACAUAGGCGCCAUGUUUGUGAGGUAUGCGGAUUGUCCUACCUACAAUCUUCCCACCUUAAAAAACAUAUGGAUACUGUGCAUCUGAAUAUUAAACCUCAUGUAUGUUCUAUUUGUGGUCAUGCGUUUCCAUUUGAAUUUAAUCUUAAACAACACGAGCUUACACAUAAGGAAAAGGGGUUUAAGUGUAUGAUGUGCGAUAAGGCCUUUACGUUGCAUCCAUCAUUGGUUUCCCAUCAGAGAACUCACACCGGCGAAAAACCAUACCAAUGCCAUAUAUGUCAAAAGGCAUUCACAAAUAGAGGAAAUCUUAAAAGUCAUGUGGAGAAACAUUUAAUAGAGCAGAAACAAAAUCAGACUUUUACACAAAUUGUCUUACCAGUUAUCCCUGCUUCAGCAGAAAUUCCGCAACCGUCAGAGCUGAAUAUAUUUGAUAUAAACAGUUCGUGUGAUCAAACAGAACAGGAAGAUUUUAGCAAUCAGCUUAUCAAUCAAUGUGAACUGGAAUCAUUAAAAUAAAUAUUAUUUUCUUAGGUUCAA